UCCGAAUAUAAUCUUGAGCGCAACGGGGCUGUGAACCACAAACUCCAUCCGUUUUAACGACAUUCUUUGUGAUAAUUUUAACCAAAAUGAAAAGUCAAAGCAUUUAUUUUGUGAUUAGUGUUUUCAUGUGUUGUACUUUAGCUACUCCAAUAAAAGAACCCAAAUUACUGAAAACCAAAAACCGUUUCAAGCCGAAAUUCAAUCCAUCCUCUUGCACGUUUUCGCUGGGCAUUUGCAACAGAACGGACGCUUAUCCGAUCAACGCGAUCCAGAGAUUAGUGAAACGGAAAAAGAAUUUACAAUUGUUCAGUAAAGUGUCGCUUAUUGAACCGGCCAGCGAUUUUCCAUUGCCGCAAGUUCGAAAUACGAUCGAGCCGGAUAAUUUGUGCCGGACUCAAACCGUUACGAUUUUGCCGAAAGUUGGAUACGAUUUGCAAUCUGGAGAACAUCGGUUUAUUAUUAAUAUUAAAGAUUAUGUUCAGACGGUUGUUUAUGAAACUUGUGUAAAACCAGACGAAGAAUGUAUCGGAGCGGACAGUUUCCCAUUCGGUUUCCGGACGCUGUGCAAACAAAAAAACAACAUCGUAAGGCUCGUCUCUUUAACAUCGAAAGGCAACAUAGAAUAUGGCAAAUUCAUGGUACCCAGCACGUGCAUAUGCAGCUACUAUCGCGACAUCAAUAAUGAAUUGUCAGCAUUUUAGGAAAUCGGAAAUUUUGUGCUCAGGAUACGAAUGACGACAUGCGAACGAUACACGAACGAAUACAUAUUUCAGUAAGUACACAUAAAACGAAUACCUGUCAUCGGAUGUCGUUGUUCGUUAAAUGUG